GCGACCUGCUAUUAGUGUGUAGAUCUUUUGCCAUUCUUUAACAAUUUUGGCAGCUUCAUGACCCCACGACUCUUACCAAGGAAGCCAUCCAUGACCCCCUUGAUGAGAUCUCAUCAUCCCAGUUCUAGACCAGAAACCAAUAGUCAAAUGAGGUGAGACUUGCCUCCAAAGGAACCCACAAAUGGCUCCCGUUCAUAGCAUUGUUCAAAAACUUAAGCAUAGCUAAUCAUGUCCAUCAAAGUGCCACCCCCUCACCCUCAUUAAACUAAUCCAACCUUUUCUCGAGUAACAGCUAACAGGGCAUCAAUAUCAAUGGUGGUAGGGCAGAAGAAAGGCAGAACACAAAAGCUAAGAGGAAAGCUCGAGCUUGUCCUCCACCUCUCUCUCUCUCUCUCUCUCCCUCUCUCUUAUUUCUCCCUCCCUCAGUUUCAGCAAAAAGAUCCGAAGGAAUGGAAGGGGAAAGGGAGUACUCCCCGCCCUUUUGGCCUCAAGCCCAAAGAAGGCCCUCUCCCUCGUGCUCUUCUGGCCUCAGGCCCUGGGUUCUAGUCCUCUUGUCUUCUGUUUUUAUUAUUCUUUUCUUCCCUUCUUUGCUCUCCUCCUCCUUCCGUGGCCUCCGCCCUGGGGGCCUCAUAAGGAACGGAUGGGACGCCCUAAAUCUCUGCCUCGUCCUCUUCGCCAUUCUAUGCGGACUCCUCGGCCGCAACGACGGCGACGAGGCCGAGAAAUCGCCCAGCUCCAGCGAGUGGCCCGCGGUCGGCUGCUCCGCUCCGCCGCUGGUGCCGAGUAGCUACGGGGAACCCGCGGCGAACCCGGUGGCGGGGAGUCGGCGGAUGAGGAGCAGUAGCUCGUACCCGGAUCUCAGGCAGGAGGCGGUGGCUGCGUGGGGCGGCACCGCCGAGGGGUGGCGGUUCUCCGACGACAUCCAGCUUUAUCACCGCGGCCGGAGAUCGGAGGGGGAGACCAAGACGAUCCCGAUGGGCUCCGGCGAGGGAUGGCGGUUCUCCGACGACGUCCAGAUGUACCAUCGUGGCUGGAGAUCGGAGAACAACCACCGGGCGUGGGAGAGCACGCCGGAGGCGGAGUCGAAGACGAUUUCGGUGGAUAAGUUUAUUCUUCGGAAAAGCCCGCCGAGAUCCCGAUCUCCGCCGCCAACUCCUCCUCCUCCUCCUCCGCCACCGCCGCCGCCACACGGGCAUUCGAGGAAGUGGAGCGUCCAUAAUAAGCUUCCGGAGAAGGAAGUGGAGCAAGAAACGAAAAUGGAAGAGGAGAAGCCCCAGCAACCUCCGCCGCCUCCUCCACCCCCGCCGCCGCCUCCGCCUCCGCCGGCGACGCGGGCUGAGAAGAGGAGUCCCAAGAAAAAGAGUGGUGGAGGACCGAAGGACAUCGCCACUGCUAUCGCCUUGUUCUACCACAAGAAGAGGAAGAAAGGGAGCAAGACGAACAAGUUCCCCGACGAUACCUCGCCUCUCGCUAAUGCCUCUGCUGCUCCUCAAGCUGCGCUUCCGCCGCCGCCGCCUCCCCCGCCCCCUCCUUCGUCGCUCUUCCACCAGUUAUUCUCGCACAAAAAAGGGGGGAGCAAGAGCCGAAGGAUCCACUCGACGCCAACUCCUCCGCCGCCGCCGCCACCACUACCUGCACCUCUUAAACGACGAUCAAAGAAGCACGUCUCCCCCCCUCCUCCGCCUCCACCUCCGCCGCAGAUCCAGAAAUCUAGGAACCAGGCCUCUUCCUCUCCUCCAUCACCGCCGCCACCGCCAGCCCCACCACAGGUAAAUCUCUACAAGAAGAGAGAAAAAUCCAAUCUUUCAGGGUUUUCUCUCCCACCUUCAUCUUCCCUGCCGCCGCCACCUCCGCCGCCGCCUUCGCCGUCGCCGGCAGAUCUACAGCGGUUGUUCUCCGAGGAAGAGAUCGUGGUAGAUGGAAUCCUUGGAGGAGGAGGAAUGGAGGGCGAGAAGAGAGAAGGAAAGGAGGGGGUGGCGCCGGUGUUCUGCCCGAGCCCCGACGUGAACAAUAAAGCAGACCUCUUCAUCGCCCGAUUCCGAGCUGGCCUCAAGCUCGAGAAGCUCAACUCCCUCCGAGAAAAGCAACGAAGACAACAAGAAGAACAGCAGCAGGCCGAGGAAGUCAUGAUGGUGGGAGGAAUUUUUCACGAUGGCAUCAUUCCAAGGUGAGCAUCACCUUCCACCGCCAUCGCCGGUGGCGCCGCCGCCGCCGCCGCUCCAUGCAGCGAAAUUGAUUUUUUUCUUGAAAAAUCCCUUUAACAAUUUUUUACUAUUCAAAUUCUUAGAUUUUUAUAUACCGGAUUGAGACGGAGGCGACAGCACGGAAUAGUGGAGAUUUGGUGUGUGAUGUUUGCACUUGUUUUAUGAUUUGAGUGUGUAUU